AUGUGUAAGGCAUUACAUGCCAAUUUUAGGGAUAAAGGGUUUAGAGGGGUGGCACUGAAGGAAUUAUUGUGGGUUGCAGUAUCGGCUUACACUGAUAUUGAGUUCAAAUAUCACAUGGAAGAGAUUAAGAAGUUGAAUCCUACGGCCUUCGAGUAUCUAGAGAAGAUUGACCCUAGUGGAUGUUCAAGAUUGUGGUUCAAUGACUAUCCAAAGUGCGACCUUCUUGUCAACAACAUCUCUGAGUGUUUCAACUCAUAUAUCAUCAAGGCUCGUGACAAGCCGAUUCUGACAAUGUUGGAGAUGAUUAGGAAGCAACUCCAAAGAAGGUACCAACUAAAAAGAGAUGGCAUUAAAACUUUGAAGGGCAAGUUGUGCCCUAGAAUUGUUGACAAGCUUGAGGCGAUUGGGGAAGAGGCAACAAACUGUCUUUCCCGUUAUGCUGGUGAUGACCUCUUUGAAGUAGAGCAGGGACGUAGAACGUAUGUCGUGGAUUUGAGGAAGAGGACAUGUGGGUGCAAGAAGUGGGAGAUGACUGGGAUUCCAUGUGCACAUGCACAUUCUGCAAUUACCUUCCAUGAACACAAUUCGGAGGAUUAUGUGGAUCACUGCUAUAGCAUUGAGAUGUACAAGAAGGCGUAUUCUCCCAUUAUAUAUCCAAUUCCUAGUGAGGAACAGUGGAUUCGGACCAACCAUGGUGUUUUGGAACCGCCUAGAUUACGAGUGACCCCGAGUAGACCUUGA